CAAAUAGAAUUACUUCUCAGAUCCUUCGUAUGGGGCUACUAAGUGAGAAUGUGUCGUUACCUUCUCACAGGCAGCAACGUACCAGUUAUCUCCUGCAAGGUUAGUCGAGGCUAAAGCACAUUAAUAAUGCCUUGGGAUUCCAUUCUCUUGAAUUCUGGCUAUAGCAUUCCGAGCCUCGCGUAUGGGACUGGAGGGCUGGGAAGUGGCCAGUGGCCAAUAGAUCAGCUCACUCAGGCCUUCGAUACAGGAUUUUAUCAUAUUGAUACCGCUCAGCUUUACAGAAAUGAGGCCGAGGUUGGCAUCACCAUUGGCCAACUUGGGCUAGAGCGUUCCGACGUAUUCAUCACAACGAAAUUUUCUGGCUUCAAUGGUCUUGAUAUUCCGACUUCAAUUCAGAAUAGUUUGGAAUAUUUGAACACUUCUUACGUCGAUCUGUACCUCAUUCACAGCCCGGAUCUAGCUGUGCCAGACAUACCAACUGUUUGGGCUCAAAUGGAGAAAGUCCAAGAAGCAGGUCUUGCCAGGAGCAUUGGCGUUAGUAACUUCAAUGAGAAGCAAUUAGAGAUUCUGCUGUCAUCCGCAAAGAUCAGGCCAGCUGCUAAUCAAAUUUACCUGCAUCCCUACAAUUACCAGCAACAAUCUCCAACUCUGGAGUACGCUGCCAAAUACGACAUCGUAAUCGAGGCAUACGGUGCUUUGACGCCUGUCACACGUGAGCCAGGAGGUCCAGUGGAUGCCCCUUUGAACGAAAUCGCUACGAGGCUUGGAGCUACUACUGAACAAGUGCUCCUUGCCUGGAUCAAGGCAAAAGGCGCCGUCGUGGUGACAACUAGCUCUAAAAAAGCGCGUCUUCUAAGUUACCUCUCCGCUGGAAAUCUCGAACUAUCUGCAGAGGAUGUCAAGACGAUUGAUACUGCGGGCGCCAUAGGAGAGAAAAGAAUCACAGUCAGGCACGGACUGCCUAAACUUGGGGUUGGCAUUUUUUUGGGGAUCCUGGUCUUGGUUGCCUGCAGCUAUUUUAAAGGUCGAGGAAAGCGGAGAAACAUUGCAGAGGUGCUAAGGGGAGAUUGACCAUCGUAUAGGGCCACGCGCCUGAUCAUGGUGGAACACCACAUGAUGUAAGAUUACACAGUGUGAAAUAAUCGGAUCAGAGUUGAUUGCAUCAUGGCGAGUGAGCGGUGGGGUUGGGUUGGUUGAGCAUCUGGGAAGUAGUAUGGUUGAUUGUUUGAGGACGAAGGCAUGACCUUGGGUGCAUCAGACUAUCACCCUUG